UAAGAAUUGAGAGCAUUAUGUCACUUCCUGCUACUAUGAAAGCGGUGGUCUUCCACGGCCCUUACGAUGUUAAAACUGAAGUAAGACCCACCCCUACGAUCCAAGAUCCUAAAGACGCCAUUGUCAAAGUACUGUACUCUGGUCUUUGUGGCACUGAUUUGCACCCUUACAGAGGUCAUAUCAAGGGUGCACCGGGACAGAUUGUGGGCCAUGAAUUCAUUGGAACGGUGGUAUCUGUUGGUCUGGCUGUGUCAAAUUUUAAAAUUAAUGACAAAGUUCUCAGUGCCUUCACAAUCCAAUGUGGUGAAUGUUGGUACUGUUUGCACGGAUACACAGGACAAUGCGACAAAACUAACACAUUUGGGAAAGUUGGAUUGGAUGGUGGACAAGCGGAAUACGUCAGAAUUCCGUAUGCAGACUCGACCCUAGUAUUGAAACCCUUGUCAAAGGAUGAUGUAGAUGACUCUGUUUACGUACUUAUGGCUGAUAUUUUCAUCACUGGCUACUUUGGAGUGAAGAAAAUUGUUGAUCAACUUCUGUUGGAAGCCGCUCGUGGAUACCCACGUUCCACACGUCAAGAGGUUUCUAUUUUGCAAAUAGGAUGUGGUCCAGUUGGAUUAUGUGCGCUCAAAAUUGCCAAACAUUUAGGUUUCCAAAAUAUUGUUGUACUUGACAGUAUUCCAUCUCGGUUAGAACAAGCGUUAGAAUUUGGCGCGAAAAAGGCAAUUAAUUUCGAAAAAGAACCCGAGGCUUUGAAGCAGUAUAUUGUUGAAAAUACGGGGAAUGUUGGAUUUGAUGCAGUUUUGGAAGUGGUUGGUGCAACCUCUGCUCUUCGAACCGCUUAUGAAUCGGUGAGAAGAAAUGGAUUUAUCUCAUCACUUGGUAUGGCCAUUGACCCGCUCCCAUUCACUGGCAUUGAGUGCUAUGUUAAAAACAUCAAUAUUUCCUUUGGAAGAUGUCAUGUUAGAGCAUUAUUUCCUGAGGCACUUGACAUCUUUGAAGAAUUGAAAGGAGAACUCCAAGACUUUAUUGAUUGUAAAGUAGGUUUAGACGAGUCAGAAAAUGUCUUUGAUCUUUUUGAAAAGCACAAGGUCAAUAAGGUAGUUUUUGAUUUGCAGAAAUAGGUCCAUCUUUUAUAAUAUAUAAAUAAUAAAUAAUAUGAAU